UAUUAAACUUUUUUUUGGCAACUGUUUACAUUGUUAUGGCUGCCGUCGGAAGUUAAUUUUAUUAUUUUAACGGUUGUUUUAACAGUGGACAUCAAAAUCAGAUAGUAUGUGCUGACAUUUUUUUCUGAUUUCAUCAAGAAAACAAAUCAAACUUUAUCAUAUAGAUAAAAACUUUAUCGUGCUAAGUGUAAACUAUUUUUUAACUUAAUUUUUAUGAAUUGUGAGGUGAGAAAAUGAUUUAUAACCUGAUAAUUUUAAAUUUUUAAUGAAAAAUGGAAACGCCUUAUAUGAUUAAUAGCAAUGCUGCUACCAUUCUCAUCACAUAGCGAUUGCAUCUUUGAAGACUGGACUUCAUGAAGAAAUCUGAAUGUGCGGCCCAUAAGACCACUUCUCUACCAGAUUUUGGCUCUUACAGAAAUUUUAGUAAAAAAACUAAUGGUGCCAUGAAAACAAGUUCCGCGGGGUCGACCCGAUCCCCAACCCCAUCCCCAGUGGACGGCAAACACAGUAGGUUUGCAAUGCUGGGAAGGCUCUUCAAACCUUGGAAAUGGAAACGGAAGAAAAAAAGUGAUCGAUUCGAACAGACUUCCAGAACUCUGGAAAGGAAGAUAUCUAUGCGUUCCACCAAAGAAGAGCUUAUUAAAAAAGGCGUUCUGUUACCUGACGGUACGGAUAAAGACCAAGAUAGUAAACCAAAUGAUUCCGUUCACCCCAAUCACAUUCCACAGAUUAAUGGAUUCGUCUCGGAGAGUGGUAUGUCGGAUGGCAAUAAGGGGCGAUGUUCGCCGAUGGUAACGACGUCAACAUUGUCUUUUGAUACCUACACAAACACUGUUGUUGUGUCUAGUUCUUGUGUACCUGGGUCUCUCACUUCUCAGAAUAAUGCCAUACCUGUGAUACAUAAUGUUUCCCUGUUGAACCUUCCAGAUGUAGAAGAGGUGCCUUCCCAUGAUGGGGAAAUAAUUCUAUCUUCUCUUCCAGAACCACCAAUAUCUGUCAAUGAUAUUGGCCCUAUCCCACCACCUCCAAUGUUCUCAAAUCCAUCACCUCUUUUACUCUCUAAGUUUCACUCACACUCAGUUGAAUCUUCUGAUGAUGCAGAGGAAAGGAAUGCACCUGAGGUGAAAAUGCCUGUCCCAUGUGUAGUGUAUGUUACUCAAAGAGAACCUACUGUUGACUUCUCUUCUGUUGAAGAGAUCCCUGCCAAAGAACCUCACCCUAUGUCAGCUAUGCCCAAGAAAAGUGCACUCAAGAAAAAAGGCCCCUUUACCUGCGCAGAUUUCCAAAGGCUACAAAUUGUUCAAGCUAGGUCAAGUUUAAGAAGAGUAUCAUCUGUUGAUCAUGAUGGCCGUCCACUACCUUCCAUUUCAAUUAGUGCUACAGAUGAUUCUGAUUCCGAUUCAGAGUCGGACAAUCCAAUAUUAUGGAAAGAUUAUUAUGGGGAUGAUGAAGAAUAUAGAAGAGUAGCCAAAGUAGCCCGUAAAGACUCUUUAGCGUUGAAGUUAGCCCAGCGCCCAGAUAUUCAGGAAUUGAUUGAUAAAAAUAUAUACAUUGCGUAUUCAGAACAAGAAAAUCACGAAAAUAAAGAAGAUGUUAAGAAGAAAUUAACUAGGCGCCUGAGCUUACGGCCAACUCCAGAAGAGCUUGAACAUAGAAAUAUUUUGAAGUUUCAGUCAGCGGAAGAGUUGCGGAAGGAAAAAGAAGAAAAAAAGAAAACCCUCAUUCGAAAAUUGAGUUUUCGACCUACCAUUGAAGAAUUAAAAGAAAGGAAAAUCAUCCGUUUCAAUGAUUAUGUGGAGGUGACCCAAGCUCAAGAUUAUGACAGAAGAGCUGAUAAGCCAUGGACGAGGCUGACACCUAGAGAUAAAGCUGCAAUUCGUAAAGAAUUGAAUGAAUUUAAAAGUAUGGAAAUGGAGGUUCACGAAGACAGCCGGCAUCUUACAAGGUAUCACCGACCUUGAAGUGAAUGUUUAUAGCCUGUAAAUUAUUUGUUAGAAGUCGCUUAAAACUUAGGAGGCAAAGGUUAUUUUUCAACUUACAUAUGUUGCUGGCUGGGCCUGCAUUUCAAAUGAAUUUCUCAGCUUCCAUCGAAAUAAGUGUGCUGUUUACAGAGUUUAAAAUCCAAAUUUUGCUAAACAAAGUGCUAUGCCCAAAGAUUAAAACUGUCUUUGUGUCAAGUUCAUGGCGUGUGCCAUCAGCUAUUUCCUCGUAGGAUUUGUUUGAAGUUUUAUAUAUAUUAGACGACUUUUUUUUUUAAUUAAAAAAAAGGCAGACUUUUCAGCAUUUUUAAUAUUUGAUGCAUCUUUCUUAAAAUGUUUUUAACGUCUGUUAUUUUCUCCAAGUAUAUAAAAAAAAAACUAUUUGUAGGGAAAUCACUUUUUUAAAUGAAAUAAAUUGCUCUUGAUAUUAGUUUAUUUUAAUAAUGUACAGUAUUUGGUGCAAAACAGAAGGUCUGUGAUCUGACGUUUUGUUGUUAUAAGUUUGUAAAUAUUAGCAUUCCUGAGUCAAUAAUAAAAUAAAAAACAACAUAUUUUGAUGUAAUUUCAAAAGCACUUUAUACUAUCUAGGUCAUUGUAUAUAUUUCAUACAAACUAAGUGUUCUCACGUUUCAUAUAGUACUAGUGUAAAGUUCAAGUAUGGUAUAUAACAUGUUUUAAAACUUGAUGUCUUUUUGCUGUUUUAGUUCCAUUUAAAUGAAACUAUGCUUGCUCACACCAAAUAUGCAAUAUUUUCACAUGGAUUAAAUUUUAAAUGAUUCUUCUUAUAGUAUGACUGUGUAAUGCAAAUUCAGUAUUAAAUUAAACUGUGGGUUUUUUAUAAGACUGUGAUAUAAUUUUCAGUAAAAGUAUGUAUCAUUGAUCUGUACAUAUCACACUAUAUAUUUUAUGUAUUUAGUUCCUGUUGACUAUGUGCAGAACACCAUUAAGAAAAAAAUUUUAAAUUCGCUAUUGCUUUUUAAAUGUGAAUAAAAUGAUUUACACUUUUAUAUGAAGUGGUUUAUGUAAAAAUAGUCUUUUUUAUAUGCGAAAAAAACUUAAAACAUUUCAUUAGAUCAGCUGCUAUGUCAUGUGUAUAGUGUUCAUAGAGCAAUAAAUAUAUAUUUUGCUUUGAUUUUA